GCAGUUGACAGUUUAUUUUUGGUACAGCAUUGACGCAGUGGCUUUUAGCACACAACAGCAGAAACGAAUUGAACGCCAGCACUACACGAAGCUAUACAAUCGUUCAAAUUGCGAGAAAAAUGUUCCGUUCACUGUUGGCACCUUUUAACAAAUGCUGCUCCGGAAGCCCGGAAGAUGCCGCCGAGGAUGAGCCACAGGCGCAUGAUGAUUUGACUCAAGCGGUACCACCAAACAUUGAAGUUGAUGAAAUCACACCUUCCAGAGCGAAACGCAUGCGGGAAGAUGAAGGAGACAAUUUGAGCGUAGCUGGUUGCGUCGAAAUGCGCAAUUGGCACAAAGAUCAAAAGCAGGAAUCUCCCAUUGUGCAAGAUGCUGCCGUUCCGGAAGGCCAAUCUAUUCACAAGAAAAUCAAACCGUCGGAAGAAUUCGAAAUGAUGGAAAUGCAGUCUGGCAAAGUAGCGACGUUGGCGACCGAGAACAUCCCGACGUCGGUGACUGUUGCGCAGGAUGCCAAUGCGGAAGGGUAAAGGCGUUUCGGCUUCAAUCAACACAGAAAAGCAUUGCAGAAUUUUUGGAAAUGGUUACACCAUUUAUUAACAUUCUAGAACUGCAUUCAUCUGCGAUCAUAAAUUCGUUGUCAUUCCUCAAAGGAAACAUACUAUGAAAUA